CAUAGAAAAUGAAGAAACUUGUAAUUUCUUGAGGCUCUGCGUCAACAUCACAAGCUUCCUGUUCCUCCCUCCUCUUCUCUCGUGCUCUGCAUCCACUUUCCGCUGUUUCGCUGCUGUAGCUAGAGUGUUUUAGUCGAGUUUUGCGCGACUUUUUGCGGCGGUUGUGAGCGUUUUCCGGUGCGUUUGGUGAAUUCACGGCGGGUUUCGGAAAUUCGACAUAAUCAACGCGCUUAUACGGUGGUCUAUUUUGCUGAGUGCCUGUUCAUCUAGAUCACCAAUAUCAAAUGCAAUAUGGGAUGCUAGGCAAGAUGCUAUACCAAACAUUAAAAAAAGAAGAUACUUUGCUUAAGAGUAAAAAAUUUUGAGAUAAGUAUUAAUGUUGGGUAGAUUGUCGGCAACAAUAACUUCAACGGCUACUUAUUAUCUAAUUCUUCAUCGACAUCUUUCUCUUCAUCAAUUCUCUCUCCACACGAUGUACAGAGGCAGAGGAAGCAGCAGCUCUUCUUUGUCGUCCUCGUCUCACUCUUCUGCCGGUUUAGGUAGAGGAAGAGAUCAUCUAGAUAUGGGAGGAAAUCGUGGUCGGUCAAGAGGCAAUGGUCAGGGUGCUACUCAUAGUGCUUCAGAUAGAAUUGAUACUCUUGGUAGAUUAUUGGUUCGUAUAUUAAGACACACGCCGGUGGAGCUGAAUUUGGAUAUGCGCCCUGAUGGGUAUGUAAGGCUUGGAGAUUUAUUGAAGGUGAACAUGAAAACAAGGUCAAAUGUUCCACUAUGUUCACAUUCCAUAGAUGAAAUUAGAGAAGCUGUUAGGAUAGAUAACAAGCAAAGGCUUGGCCUUUUGGAGGAGGAUGGAGAACUUUGGAUACGUGCAAACCAAGGCCAUUCUGUAAAGUCUGUAGAAUCUGAGAGUUUAUUGAAGCCAAUCCAUUCUGCGGAAGAGAUCCCUGUUUGCGUUCAUGGCACAUAUAAGAGGCAUCUUGAAUCUAUUCUCGCAUCCGGUCUCAAGCAAAUGAGUCGAUUGCACAUUCACUUUUCACCAGGCUUGCCAUCAGAUGGAGAAGUUAUAAGUGGCAUGAGGGCUAAUGUUAAUAUGCUAAUCUUCCUGGAUACGAAAAAAGCUAUGGAAGAUGGGAUGAAGUUUUACAAGUCGGAAAAUGAGGUAAUACUGACAGAAGGCUUUGAUGGUGUUGUCCCAGCCAAAUAUUUCCAGAAAAUCUUAUCAUGGCCUAGAAGACAGCCAGUGCCUUUCCAAGUUUAAGAAAUAUUUAGGCAAAUGUAUUAUGUACCACAAUACGCGCCAUUCUUGGAAAAAUACAUAGAUAUACUCUUGCUUGUUGCAAAAUAAUGUAAACAUAUCUUUUUUGGUAAGUGAUGUUUUUUCCUCUCCCCUGUCGCUUGGGGAGUUUGUCUAAGCAACCAACCGUUUGAGUCUCUUAGGGGACUCAAACGGGGGCAAUUUGGUCAUUUUAAGCCUUGGAAAUUUCACGCGCGUGUUGUUUGGUACCAAUGCUAGGUUAGAUUAGUACCAUUGUUCGAAAAUUUUCAUACCAAAGUAAGGUUGCUUGGUACCAAUCCUGAUAACAAUGUGAUACCAAUACCAGGUUAUAAUGGUACCAUUGUGUAACUUUUUGAGUGUUUGAGUCUUUUUUGGACUCAAACAGUUGGUUACCAAGGCUUUCUCAUCGCUUGGGCGAACAUGGGCUUACAUAUAAUUGGUAUUACAAAAUUGUACAUACAGCUGCUAAAUUUGUUCUUUUUAUCAGCAGUAAGAAAUUCUGAGAUCUAGACUGUUGGUUACUUCUGAAA